CUCUUUACACAUCUCCUUCUCCCUUUUCAAAUUUCUGUUGUAGCUCCCUUACGUCUCUAGUGUUUUUGCGGUUAACGUUAACUCGUAAGUUUAUUUUGUAUUACUUUUUAUUGUGAAUUGUGAUUUUUAUGAUAUUAGUUGAACUACUGUUUUUUUGCAGAUGACAUUCCAAAAGUUCACGCUUGGGUUACGGUAGAAUGGUUACACGGAAGAGAGCGGAAAGGGGUUCACCUACGUCGGUGGCCAUUUUCAGAAAAUAAAGGUCGCUACCAGACCGAUGCUUGAAGACCUCUAUCAAAUGUGUACUAACAUUACUUGCAUGGAUGACACGAGAAUAGUUGAUCGUAUGGUGUACCGAUAUCCAAACAGAGAAGGCGGGUCGUUGUGGCACGAGGAAUAUCUGCCAUGCUCGAAUUCUUGAGGUCCAACAAUCUUUCCAAAGCCGAGAUGUUCAUUUACACCGAGCCGGUCGUAGGCGUUGGAUGUCAUUCUGGAGAUCAUCCCUACCAAAGUUACCAUGAUCCUCAUUCCUAUUUUUAGUACCAAGAGCAAAGUGAAGGUCAUCAUCAAUCUUUCCCGUCAUAUGAAGAAGAAGUUCAACCGGACCAUGGCAACCAACCCGAGUACAACUUCCAAUCAGGCAUCGAUAGUUUUCACAACUACCAUUAUGGAGCUGAUGAAGGUGCCUUUCAUGAGCUGGAUCAGAUGGAAGAUGCCCUGCCAGCACCAGUCAUUGACCCCUCCGAUGAAGAAGGAGAGAACAACGUCAGUGCAGACAGCUCCGACCCUCUUGAAGGUGCUGAUGAUUCAGGACCAGAGUCAGACUCAGAUAAUGAUGAUGAGGUGUCUCAUGACCGUGUACCAGUCCCCUACUACAAUCACAUUCCAGACGACAAUUGGAUGGUCGACAGCGACAUGGAACCCCCGGAGGUUCCAGUAUGGGGUCCACUCACUGGGUUUAUGAAGGGGCAACAAUUUGGCUCGAAGAAGGAGGUGCGGCACGCCAUUGAUACUAAAGCAAUGACUAGACAUUUUGAAUGGCACACAACUCAUUCCAAUACAAAAAGGCUCAAAGUCAGAUGCCGUAAUCAUAACGAGGGAUGCAAUGUUAGGAUUCGGGCCAUCAACUGCAAGAGACACGACCAUUUGGUCAUAUCCCGUGCGGUGAACACACACACAUGUGUGUCAUUCAUAACAUCCCAAAGCCAUCGACAGUUGAAAUCCAGGGUGGUUGCUGCGGCUAUCAAUCAUCUAAUUGAGCAAGAUCCUGACCUGAAGGUGAAAGUCAUAAUCGCUGACAUUGCAAGUCGUUAUGGUUAUACGAUUAACUAUAAGAAGGCGUGGCAUGGAAAGCAGAAAGCUCUGGUCGCCGUAUUUGGUGAUUGGGAAGAAUCAUAUUCAUUCCUUCCCAGGUUGAUUUUGGCAUUGGAGACGUCUAACCCUGGCACUGUUUUCUCCCCUCGAUACCAAGAUGAAGAGAUACAACCGCCAGAGCUAGUGGAUGGUACAUUUCUUACCGGCAAGUACAAGGGCACUCUACUGAUUGCCAGUGUGGCGGAUGCAAACAAACAAGUCUUUCCGUUAGCCUUCGCCAUGGUUGAGGGAGAGAAUACUGAUAGCUAAGGAUGGUUUUUCCAGCAAAUUCAGCUCCACGUCACUAGAAGGACAAACCUAACAAUAAUCUCUGAUCGGCACGCCGGGAUUAGAGCUGCAAUCAAAAUGUUUGGAUCCAGCCUGGAAGUGGUCCCGAAGGUGGUGCAUACGACACUUCAAGAGCAACUGGAACCAACAUUUCAAGCGGAAGAAGCUUGUUGAUAAUUUGUGGUGGAUUGGUAAGCUCUCUAUUGGUUGUUUAAUUUGGUUUGAUAACAAUAUCUUACAUCAAAUAAAUGGUACACUUGUUAAACUCUUUCUAAAGAGAUGCAUGCCUAAGAAAAUGGGGUUUUAAGC